AGAUUUUUUACACUUGAAUCAUCAGAUUCGGAUGCUAAUCAUCCAGACAGAAGCAGAACCAGCGGCUGAAGCGGGUCCCCAGCGGGUCCAGGGCAGGAUUUGAAGUUUGGACGAUGAUCAGCUGAUCUGGGUCUCAGCGCUCGUGCUUAGUUUGUUGAGGCUGCGGUCCCGGUUUCUAUAGGUAACGGGCACGCGCACAGAUUUCACCAUAAUAAUUACUCCGUUUCUCCUUCUGGGAAUCAGAUAUGACGUCAAAGCAGAAGAAGGGUCUCAGAGGCUCUAUAGAUGACGUGUUAGGAGAUCUGCUGGGUGGUGAUGAUGAUGAAGGUCCAGUGAAGGUGCGUUCGCCAGCACUUUUGUCCAGCAGACCCUCGGCCGCCCUCACGUCACGCAGCGGGAAGAGGUCGCUGCUGGACGAUGAUUUCUUCAGUAAACUGGCAGAAGAGGCUGAGAAAGAUGAGGAGGUGUCUGAUGUUUCUGAGGCCGACCCUGCCGCUCUGCUGGACAGCAUGAAGGACAUAGACGACAUGGAUGCGGAUCUGUUCAGCUCAAAGAAGAAGCCGAGCUCAGCUCCGGUCCAGAGGAAAGAAGUGAAAGGAGGAGAUAAGAGCAAAUCCACAGAGGAAGCAGUGAUAAAGCCCAGUUCGGCUCCGGCCUCCACAGCGAGACCUUACAAGAAGUUCAGCUUUCUGGAUGAUGAAGGUGGGGGUGUUGAUCCUCCUCUUCCUCCUCCUGAUGAUGAAGGUCACAUGGACGGUUCGUUGGAUGAUUUACUGGACGAUCUGGAAGACAAGCAGAAGACGAUGAAGAAAAGCGAGUCUUCCUCACCUGUCGCUUCUCAGAAAACUGAGAGGAAGAGGGACGAGCUGACGUUUGAUGAUGAGGAUGAUCUGAUGGACGCCCUGGGCUUCAGAGAAACACACAAAUCAAACGGAAAUGGAGCGACUGUGAAGAAAGAGAGCGAUCCUCCUCCGAGAGCUCGCACCAAACUGGAUGAGAUCUUGGGCCGAGGGACGUCUCCUCGUCUGCUGGAGAGACCCGUGACGGGAGAGAAGAGCUCGACGGGAAGAGCGCCUCUGGUGGACGAGGAGGGCUUCACGUUCGGCUCAUAUCAGCCCACGAUGGCUUCGACCCCAGAGGAACGUCAGUCCCGGAGACAGUCGGUCAGAUUCUCGACUGAAGACGUGAGCGCUCACUCGCCCGAACACAAACCCAAACCCUCGUCACGUGCCGUCCGGCCCCGAUCGGACUGGCUCGGCCUGAAGCGGGAGGAGGAAGAGGAACAGACGAAGGAGGAACCCAAACAACCCAGACAACCUGUCCCAGAAUCCCCGAAGACUCCAGCGUCUCCAUCAUUACCGGCUGGAGAAGAGACGCCCGCACCCGCCUCUCUUAAACCCAACUCGAGAGACCAAGACCAGGACUGGCUCUCAGGAGCGCUGAGUCGCAGGAAAACACAGCCCGGCAGCCAAUCAGAGGAAAGAGAGAGCAAACAGGAAGUGACGUCGGGUCCGGCUGAGGAUGUGGUUCUCAGCUCUAAAUCAAACGCCUCACGAAGACGAGCGGACGAGCCCCCCGUCACAAACACAGAGCACAGCAGAGAGUCCACUGGCAUCUCUAUCCAACACAACACAAGCACAGAAACGCAACAUAAACCUGUGUCUGUUGUUCCAGUGUUUACACCAGCGGAGGACCUGCGUCCUGCUGCACCUGUGACACACACACACACACCUCUGGCUGCAGACAACCUACAGCAGCUGCUCUUACAGCAACAGGUGAGGAGCUCACAGCUGGAGAGAGAUCAGAAUCAGAUGCUGUUAGAAAGUGUCCAGCAGAGGCACAAACAAGACACUGAGAUCAUGGAGAACAUGCACAGAGCGCGUGUGAAGCUGCUGGAGGAAUCGUCUGCUCAGCGAGAGUCCCGCUUGCGUCAGGAGAACGAGGAUCUGGCGGAGAGACUGGCGGCCGUCACACGUGUGGCGGAGCAGGAGCGAAUCGAGAUUCAGAACCAGCUCCAGCGCAGACUCACACAGAGCCAACAGGACCGAGACCGAGAGGUGGAGAGACUCCGAGACCUGCAGAGGAAGUCCAUCCUGGAGAUGAAGAGAGAUCACGAAGAGCAGAUCCAGCACCUGAAGAAGCUGAAGGACGAGGAGAUCGACGCCGUGACCAGCGCCACGUCCCAGACCAGGUCUCUGACGGCCGUCAUCGAGCAGAUGGAGCUGUUCUCCCGCAGGCUGGGCGACCUGUCGUCUCGUGUGGAGAGUUCACAUGAGCACACGGCUCAGGGGCUCGAGCUCGGAGCCAGACAGAGAGACCAGCAGCUCAGAGUGCUGCAGGAGCGUUUGAGUCAGCAGCAGCGCGAGAUGAGCGAAGAGAGGUCACGGCUCAAAGAGGUCAUCGCCAAGAUGGACACACAGCUGGGCGAGCAGCAGAGACAGCUGGAGAAGGAGCGCUGGCGUGUGACGUCAGAACAGGCCAAAGCAGAAUCCUCUCUGAGAGGACUGGAGGAGGAGAGACGGACCAUGAUGCAACACUUCAGCAUGGAGAGAGAGGAGCUGGAGAGGGCAAAGAGCGCUCUGCUGGAGGAGCAGCAGUCCGUCAUGACACACUGCGCUGAAGAGCGGCGGAAACUGGCGGCCGAGUGGAGCCGCUUCCACACGCAGGAGAUGCUUCGACAGGAGCGGGUCGAGAGAGAGGCCAGCCGCCUCAUGGAGAGAGACGCGAACAGAGAGGGAUCCAUCCUCAGCAUGGCACAGGAGCAGGCGGAUCUGAAGCUGCGCGCCGGAGAGCUGAAGCAGAAGGAGGAAUCGCUGCAGAGAGAGAGAGACGGUCUGGAGACGCUGAGGCAGGAGCUGGACAGAGAGAAGGAGAAGCUGAGCGCCACGGCCCUGCGACUCAAGACACGCGCUCAGGAAGUGGAGGCGUUCAGCAAGCUGGCGUCCGAGCGCUUCGAGGAGGGAGAGCGAGCGCUGAGAGAGGCCAGACAGGUGGAGGACGAACAUCAGGCCAGACUGCGCAGCAUUCAUGCCCAGCUGGAGCGCCUCCGACAGCAGGAGCACAGCUUACAGCAGGAGCGCUUGAGGAUGACGGAUCAUCACAGAGACAUGGAGCGACUGAGACACACUCUUCCAGUCAAUCCAGUGACGUCAGCGCCUCUCAUCGCAGAUUUCUCUCCAGCGCUGGCCAGCACACACCUGAACGCCGCUGUCGACCCGUUGCCCGGCGAACUACACGCCCGCCUCGCCCUCAUCAAACACACCGCAGAGAAGGACAGAGACUUCCUGCAGGAGGAGCAAUACUUCCUGGACACUCUGAAGAAAACAUCGUUCAACACAUGACAGGAGGCAUUCAUAUCUUUCUACAAUGUUUAUUCUCAUCAAAUAAAGCAGUUUUUAGAAAUUC